AUGGGCGAAGCAUCCAGGGAUUUCAUCCGAAGGCUAGUCGGAUGUCAAGAGUUAUCGGAAUCGGAAAUCCAUAUUGCUCUUACCGCAGCCGGAGUAGAUGAACUAGUGCCAGACGGAAACAGAAAACUAUCUCAGUUGGGCCUGGGAGCCACUGGAUUCCUACUUGAUUUCAGCUGCGCUUUGAUGGCGUUAUCUCGAGAUUUUACGUCGAAGCUCAAGUUCCGAGUCAACGGCAUUCAACACCGCGCAGAUAUAGCCAAACGUACUGGCAUUGACCAGCACUUAAGGUUUGAUUCUCGGCCCGGUGGACGCUCAUCAGGUGUUCUUGCUCUGGCGACAAGUGCCAUUAUUGGAGCUAUAUACCUGAAAACAAAAAGUUUUGAGUCAGUGGCCAGGGCUCUGUAUGCUCUCGGCGUCCUUGAUGAGAAUCUCGACAAGCUCAACUUGAUGGAAAUAUUCAAGGACGAGCAAGGCGAUCUGCUGCCUAUGACUUCCUUGAUUGAAAGUGAGCCUCCCCAGACUAGCGAAAUCUGUUUUGGGAGUCAAGAUGUUACCCCCCUUCCAGAGUUUGUAACCCCCCCAGACUUAGGGGGCGUAUCAAACUUUGAAAGCUUUUACAAUGAAAGCGGGGAGCUUGAGCAGUCUUUUCAAAACGGAGUUUCCAUCACCGACCUACAUUCGCAGUCUCCGUCAACUGGGGAGUCAAAUCUGGCGGUAGAGGGGAGGCAGAUGCUUGACGUUGAUAGCCGGGUUCAUCCAGAAAUGCAUGUGGGAAAUUUCCAUGAUAUUGGAAUAUUGCCCCGACCAGCAGAACAGCAUGCCAUCCCUACCGAAUUCAAUGUCGCUCUCAUGGUCUGUGAAGAGUUGUGCCAACCACAUGGCUCCCCAGGCCAGUUUGCGAAUCAGAAGUCCUCAAGUCAGCAUUCUCCAGGGAAGCGAAAAAAUACUAGCACUAUGGAAUUACAAAAGAGAAAAUACAAGUUGUGUAUGUUUUUAAUUGAGGUGGGCAGCUCUCAAUCACUUAUUGCUCUUCGAGCGGCCCUUAGAUAUACAAGAGAGAUGGGGGACCAACUACAGAGCGUCCAAAGCCGAAGAUGGGUAUCGCGUGAUCUCACCAACAAAGAACGAUUCAAAGUCAUCGGUGAAAUUGAGGAGAACACAGCUUUUCUUCAAAUAUUGCGAUAUAACCACAUCUUACAUUUUUAUCGACACAGCACCGGGCCUGUUGAGCGUACCUCGGAUUUCGCUAUAAUGGCAGCGCCACACAAUAACCUUACCGGCCAGCCGAGAACAAGAGGCAAUCCAAGGAACAUUGAAGUGGCUACAGCAGUCGACAAAACUAUGAGGGAUAUUUUCCCCGACCUGGAGCGCAGCUCAGAUAUUUACAGAAGGAAGCGUCGAGCUGUUUUGGAUUGUCGCAAAUUCGGACAACGUCUACACAUUUUAGCUGAAUGCUUCGGGCAUGCUGUUUUGGGCCUAAUUCAUUUUGAUCGGUCUGGUAUUAUUGCUCCGGCGGAUGAGGCGUUUGGAAAUUUCGUGAAGAUCCUCGAGGACUCGCAGGGAGAUCCUCUUCGGAUGAUGAGCACGGCAGCGAAGCCAGCCUUUGAGCAUAUCCUUUACGAAGAUAUGAGGCAGCAGAAUCUCUUUGCAUUGGAACGGCAGAUACCCGGGGAUAUUCUUAAGUUGCCAAAAGGCUCCCAGGAGCUCCGAAAUCUCUUGCAAUAG